CUGCGAAGAACUGAAACCCUAAUUUGAAUGAUAAAUUGAUAGUGAAGGAAAACAAUCGGAAUAGAAAAGGCGGAUUUGUAAAUCGAAGAGAGAGCUGAAAUCGAAUCGAGAGAAGCCGAGUUACUCCUUCAAUUUUGCUGAUUUUGGCCUGGCUCUGCCUUCAAACGCCCUGCAAAUUACCACAACUCGAGACACGACAUUUAUCUCUGCCUCCGAAAGAGCGCGGUGAUUCCUGUAUCGACCUCUCUUCCCUCCGGUUGUCGCUCACCCACUGUUAAAAUCUCUCAAAGCAGUUGGGAAAACCAUUUCAAGUGAAACGCCAUGAAAGGGGGAAGGAAGAAUCUGAAGCAAGCAGCUCAGCAGGAGGCAUUCACACUUCAACAAGACCAGAUCAUCAUGCAAGUGGUCUCACUUCGAGGUUCCAACCUCAUUGAGGUAAUGGAUGAUAAAGGCGAAAAAACUCUAGCACAGCUUCCAGCUAAAUUUCAGAAGAGCAUGUGGACAAAGAUAGGGAACUUUGUUGUUGUUGAUGAAAGCGGAAGAGAAGAGACAAUUUUAUCCGGUAGAAAAGUGUCGUGCGUUGUUUCUCAAGUCCUAUUUCAUGAACAAGUCCGGGCUCUUAAAAACGCUCCAUCAUGGCCAGAAAUAUUCAAAUUGAAAGAUGCAAAAAAUGCUAGCAGAGAACAAACUUCAUUGUUGCAGGAAGUUGAAGAAUUGAAAUCAAGUGAUAAUAAAGAUGAGAGUGAUGAUGACGACCUCCCUCCAUUGGAAGCCAAUACAAAUAGGAGGCGGCCACCAGUGUGGAAAUCAGAUAGCGAAACAGAUUCAGAAACAGAUUCAGAAACAGAUUCAUAGAUUCAAUUGUAUGGAUAAAGGUAGAUUUCUUGGCUAAUGUUAUUAAUUAAUCUUAUUGGUUAUAGUGGUUUCUUCUCAACUGAAAACUGUUUUUAUUUUUACUAUAUAUGAACAUGAUCAUCAUCAUCAACAACAACCAAAUGAUUACCCAAUUAGUUCAAUCUUAAAGUGCUAUCAGAUCUUGUUUGGCUGAUGAUGAUAAUGAUAAUGGUUACAUGGAAAUUACAUUGC